CUCUCGACUGAUCAUGGAGAGCGGGUCGCCUGCAAACCUCCAAACGGAAUUCAGUGGCAUCAAUCUUAAACAAUCCAAAGAACUGGCAAAAAAGCUUGGCUGCGCUACGGAAGACAUUGGGGAUUUACAAGUUAAUCAAUGUUUGAAAAAUGUGCCUGCAGACGUACUGGAAAAAACCGAAUAUGAAGUGUUUCCUGGUAGAGGUGGAGACUUCUAUCCCAUAUACGGGGACGAACUUAACCCUACCAAUCCAAGAAGAGACGUGUUUAAAGGAAAUUUUGAUUGCAAAACCCCUUCUUACUGGAAAUGUCGAGACAGAAGGCUCGGUUAUUCUGACUAUUUUGGAAAGUGAUAAGCUUGGUUUCUUCGGCGAUAAAAAUACCCCCUUUACGAGGGAAAUAGCAUUAGAUGCAACUAACAAGUUCAUCGAGUUUCAUCCAGAUCUCCAAUCUGCUGAGAAAUACUAUGUU